AUGAAUGUUGACCAUUGCAAUCAGAUCUCAGAUAAAAAUAUUUCAAAGGUCAACAUAGUUAUAACCGAUGUACAUGAUGGUCAAAAGAUGUCAUCCAAUUGUAUGCAAAAAAUGACGCAAUUGAACAAAUUAGUAUUUCUUGUUAACGAAAACGGUCAUCUUCAAUAUUAUACAAUUGGUUAUUUGAGCAUCUCUUCACUAAAACAGAAAACAUUGAAGGUUGAUCAACAAAUAAAUGUUUGGAUUGGUUUUGGUAUCGAUCAAUUGCAAAAAUGCAACAAAACAAAUUUCAUUUCGACAAAUUGCAUUAUUAGUUUCAUUUUUGAUCAACACAAUUUAAUAAUAAUCGAUUGA